AGGAUACAAAUAGCAUCACAGAGAUGGACAACUCUCCAAUCGUUGUUUUGAGUUCCUCCAGCGAGAAUGGUGAAAGGAAGAGCAGCUCUGAACCCCCGCAGGUUGAAGAGACUGCCGGCAAAGCCAAGGCGAAGCCAAAGACCACGGUCAUGUUGAGGAACUUGCCGAACAACUACACCAGGUCUAUGCUCCUCCAUUUGCUCGAUGAGCAGGGCUUUGGGGGGAAGUAUGAUUUCCUCUACUUGCCCAUCGACUUCGACCGCAAGGCCAACUUGGGCUAUGCCUUCGUCAACCUGGUGGACGAGGAGGACGUGGAUGAAUUUUGGAGCAGUUUCGAUGGCUUUGGGUCUUGGUCCUUUCCCUCUUCUAAGGUUUGCCAAGUGAGCUGGAGUGGUCCCAAACAGGGGCUGAAAGCUCAUGUGGAUCGCUACAAAAAUAGUCCUGUGAUGCACAAGAGUGUUCCUGACGAAUACAAGCCCAUGAUUCUCUCGCAGGGCAUCCCGAAACGCUUCCCAGCGCCGACUAUUCGAGUCCAACACCCCAAGAAGGCUGGCAAGCACUGACUUUGACUGACUUCCAAUUCUGGCUACAGCAGUUUGAGCCGCACGAGGCCGUAUGAUGCCGCAUGCGGUUGUUGUAAAGUCUGAUGCCAAGGAGGCAGGGCCAAGGUAGUGCCACCAAGAGGUUUGGGUGUACAUCUCAGCCGCACAUCGCAUUUUGCACACAGUCUUGCAUUGUUUGCACC